UGCGCAGUUGGUCAUACUGCUGAACUGACAGUACAGUCAGAAAAUGGUUGUAAAGUAAAGAUGGCAGUGAGAGGUGAUGCACGAAUUCUCCUCCUCGGAAUUUUAUGUAUUUUCUUGUUAAAAUCAUGCAAUGGAGCCGCGACAGAUAUUGAAUUAGACGCAAAAGCACAGUUGUUACAUAGACUCGAUAGUUUAAAUCUUUUAUUAUAUACAUUUUUAUUGAUAUUAACUGUUUUAACAAUAUGGACAUUUAAGCAUCGUCGUCUUAGGUUCCUCCAUGAAACUGGUCUAGCUGUCAUUUACGGAUUAAUUAUAGGGGCAAUAAUUCGUUAUGGCUUCACAACAAGUAGUACCAUUCUUCAUAUGCCUGUUGUGCCAGACAACAGUAGUAAAUAUAAUCAAUCAGUUCCUCCAGAUACCUUAUGGUUACGUUUUCCAGAAGAUAAAGGAGGUGGUGUUAUUAAAAAUAAGACAUUUGCCUAUUCAUUUAGGGGAGAAAUUUACAAGCAAGAUAAUGAGAUAGAUUUGAAGGCCACCUUUGAUCCUGAAAUAUUUUUUAACAUUAUUUUACCACCAAUCAUUUUCCAUGCUGGGUAUAGUUUAAAACGUAAAUACUUCUUUAGAAACUUAGGAGCAAUUCUUAUGUAUGCUUUAAUUGGAACAUCUAUAUCAGCUUUUGUUAUUGGAGCUUUGAUGUAUGCCUUUGUGCAAUUAAUACCACAUCUUUCUGCUUCAUUUACGUUUUUGGACACCUUAUAUUUUGGUGCAUUAAUAUCUCCUACGGAUCCACUGACAAUAAUUUCUAUUUUUAAUGAUUUACAUGUAGAUGUAAAUUUAUAUGCUUUAGUAUUUGGAGAAAGUGUGUUAAAUGAUGCAGUUGCAAUUGUACUUAGUGGUGCCAUACAAAAUUAUGGAGAACGUUAUCAAUCAGGUUCAGGUGGAUUUGAAACUGUAGCAUUUUUCCAAGCAUUUGGUGAUUUUGUUGGAAUAUUUAGCUUAUCUUUAUUUAUUGGUGCUACCAUGGGUUGUAUCACUGCUUUGUUAACUAAAUUUACUAGAGUCAGAGACUUUCCACUUUUGGAAUCAGCAUUAUUUGUUUUAAUGUCUUAUAGCACUUUCUUAAUUGCUGAAGCAUCUGAUCUUACAGGUGUAGUCGCUGUUUUAUUCUGUGGUAUUUGUCAAGCACAUUACACAUAUAAUAACUUAAGUCCGGAUUCACGGCAACGGACGAAACAAUUGUUUGAACUUUUAAAUUUUUUAGCUGAGAACUUUAUAUUCAGUUACAUUGGUGUUACAAUGUUUACUUUUCCGAAACAUCAUUUCGAUCCAGGAUUUAUUUUUGCAGGAUUCCUUUGUGCAUUAUUAGGUCGGGCAGCCAAUGUAUAUCCAUUAUCUUUUAUAUUGAAUUUAGCGCGGAAACCAAAGAUAUCGUUAAAUUAUCAGCAUAUGUUAUUUUUUGCUGGUUUACGUGGAGCCAUGAGUUUUGCUCUGGCUAUCAGAAAUACUGUAUCUGAUGCUCGGCAGGCUAUGUUAACAACAACGAGUUUAAUUGUAAUUCUGACAGUCAUUUUCCAGGGUGGUGCAACAACCCAGUUUCUAAGCUGGUUUAAUAUACCAGUUGGAGUAGAUGAAGAAAUAGAAGGAUUAUCACACAAUGGAAUGCGCAGUUCUGGUGGCGAAGGUGGCUUUGGAGAUCUGGACAUACAUAGGGAGAGAAGUCCGCCGUAUAAUUCUAUGCAGGAUGGAUCAUUACCAGGCAGUGGCAUAAAACCUAAUGAAAAAGCAUUACUUGCUAGAAUCUGGGGUGACUUUGAUACUCGCUACAUGAAACCACUUUUAACUCACUCCAGGCCUACAUUAUUAGAAACAUUACCAGUUUGUUGCACACCUUUAGCCAGGAUUCUUACAACAACACAACAAAUGACACAGGAUGAAGCUGUUAGAAAAGCAGAUUCAGAUUCAGAUUUUUGUCUCGAAGAUCGUGAACUGGAGCGUCGAAGGAGUAGUAUUCAACCGACACAUGUAAGGAGCUCUCCAAACAGAAUACAUUUAUAAGAAUAAAUUUAAUAUAAUUUAUGAAGUUGUAUACAUUUUUGUGGGAAUUUGGCUGCAUUGAUUUAAGCAUUAAGUAAUUACUCUCUUUGUUGUCCAAUAUGCCAUAAAUAUUUAUGCUACUUAACAUUAAUAUGUUAUUUCACACAGACUCUAAUUCGGUAUGUUUAAUUUCUAACAUUCUCUAAUUUUGAUACCAAAUAAAUUUUAAUUUCUUCAAAUGAUACGAAACAUGCUUUCUGAUAGAUUGUAAUCAACAUCUCAGAUAAUACUUAAUGAGAAAAGUAUGACAUAGGUAUGUGCGUAUGCAAUGUUGGUGUCAAAUAUUACAUAUUACUAUUGUAUUAUAGCUUCUAUAAAUGUUAAUUAUAUUUUCCUGGUAUUUAUUUUCUUUGGGAAGUAUUAUCCAAUAUUUUGGAUAACAAAUGACAUUGACAACAAAAGAUUGAAUGUAAGUAUUAUACAAAGAAUAAAUGAUAGGGAGAAGGCAAAAAAUUACAAAAUACAUUUGUAAGAUAUACUGAACUUACAAAAAUUAUUUGCUACAUUUCUAAAUUAUGAAAAGAAAUCAUCAGUAAAUAAUAAACCUUCUCCUUAUUUGAUAGUGUAUUUAUUCUAAUUAUGGUACUUGCAUAAAAGUAGAUUCUUAGAUGUUGACUUAAACCUGUACACAUUACUGAUUUUGUCGCAAUGAUUUUUAUGAAGAAAUUUUACAUGUACAAAAUCAAUAAUAAUUUUAUUCGGUAUAUUAAAUAAUAUGUAAGAAUCUAAAGAUGAAUUCUUGAUCUAUUUAAUACUUUGUGGGGCAGCUGGGAACUGUGAUGGGAGAAGUUAGUCCGGGACCACUACCAUUGCACACACGCGUCGCCUUGCCAGGUUUGGUCGGCAAACAUUUAUAGAGACUAAUUGAUAUUGGUAAAUAAACUUACCUUUUUAUGUGUAAUAUUAUAUGUGCAACUGAUAAAUGUAUUUAUUUGAAAAGCUUAAAAAAUCUGUGCAAACUAUUAUAUCUAAUACUAUUCAUCAUAAGUAGAAUUUGGAAGAUGUUUCUAUUACUUGCUGUUUUUAUUUAGAUAUUAUAAAAAAUAAAUCAUAUAAGUUAUUAAUGAAAUGUGAGUGUAUGCUAUUAUAAUAAAUGUAAAUUAUAUUAUUUUCUUUUUAUAAUUAAUAUUAUUACAUUAUUAUCUUUUGAUUGUCAUGGAUAAGUCUUGACAAAAUUAUUGACAAAAUCUUUCAUAAUCUAUAUGCAUGUGUAUAUAUAUGAAUUAUAUGUUACUAUGUUAUAGCAACAUAUAUAUUACAUUUAUUGGUUGUACUAAAUGUAACAAAGUUUUGUUAUAUGCAGUAUCAACAAAUCAGUUAUAUGAAAAUCAAUAAAUAUAACUUAUAUUUUUCACUUGGUAUAUAAUGUAUAAUUCAGUGGAGGUCCUGGUUUGUAGUAAUUAUCGCAGAAAAUUUAUUUUAAAACGUUAUUGAAUUAAAUAUGUUAAUGUGACACCAACUAACAGUUGCACUAUGCAUUUGAAUAUAAUAAUUCAUAACACAAUGUGACAAAAGAGGAAUAAGAAGUAAUAUGUUUUGUCAGAAAUUUUAAAUUUGUAACAUUAAAUUAAAUAUAAAAAUGAAUCCUGAAAAAAAUAGUUACAUCAAUACAAUGACAAUAAAUUAAUAUGAUUGAAUUUUAAUAUUCUUAUGUUCAAAACAUAAUUUUAAAUUAUUAUAUUUGGAUGUAUCUUGCAAUAAUUUAAAGUUAACUUUGUUUGGGCAAAGAAUUUAAUUUUCUGUUCAGCAAAUUGAUUUUGCUGGCAUAUAUAAUAAUAUUUGCAUUUAAGGUGCAGGACACUUAACAUGCAAUAACAACACAAAUACAUACCAUUUGUAUUAUAAUUUGUAAUUGUAUAUGCAUAAGUGGUCUAAAAAGUAAAUCAAUCAACAUAAAACAAUUUAUUGGAAAGGUUAUUAUACACAGAAAUUAUAAACUGUGCCAAUCUUCGCAAAAAUUACAAUAUAAAUUAUAAAAUUCUUCUGUGAAAAUGAUUAUAAGUAAAAACUUUAACAUAUUUUAAAUGACAUGUAAUACAGUAUUGUUCUCAGAACAGUACAAAAUACAUAUUACAAAUUAUAAGAAUAGAAAAAUUAAAUAAAAUAGCAUUAUCUGCAAAAUGUACUGUAAUUAUUUUUCAGAAUCUUAUAUCUUAGUGCUAUUGAUAAUUGCAUAUUUGUUACAUAUGGCACAUAUAUUUGUCAGGUAUCUACUUAUAUAAUUUUUUAUAUAUCAACAUUAAAUGUGUGUACAUAAUGUACAAGUAUAUUCAACUAUGAUUUAUUAUCAGUAACGUUUGAACUAUUCAUAAAACAUGAAAAACGAAAGUUAUGAAUAAAAUAUGUGAAGUCUUAUUUUAGAUGUUGGCUGUGAACACAACAAAAAUAUUUGAAUAUGUAGUUUAAAUAUUAAAAGUGAAUAUUCAAAUUGCAGCAUAUUAAGAAAAUAUAUCUAUAACAUGUGUAUGCUAUUCUUUCUACAAUUACCUAUAUUUAAAUUAGUAAAUUAUUUUUUAAUUAUACAAAAUACUACAUGACUUAUUAUGAUAUUGCAUAACAAGCAGGAUCGUAGCACAUAGCUAUUUAAAUGCUCUUUUUCUAAACAUUUGUGAAUUAAAUAAUAUGUAAUAAUCAUUGCAAUGUAUACAAAUAUAUAUAUAUAUAAUAUAAUAUAAUAAUAAUAUAUAUAUAUAAUAAUGUUGUGAUACUAUCUGAUACUGUCUACUAUGUACUACACUUUACAGUGUUUAAUAAAGUAUUUGUAAAAACAA